AUGGCGAGGCAUGAUGAUACACCUAUGAUCGAUAAGGAAACACACAGGCUUGCUGUUGUUAAUAUGGACUGGGAUCAUAUUAAGGCAGUGGACUUGUAUAUGGGGAUGACAUCUUGCGUCCCGAAAGGUGGGCGAGUUCUAUCAGUUUCGAUAUAUCCAUCAGAAUUUGGACUGGAGUGCAUGAAUAUUGAGAGAACACAAGGCCCAUCUGCUCUUCUUGGUGCCGAUGAGGAUGAUGGUGGUGAUGGUGGGGAAAACGAUAACAACGAGGAUGAAGAUGACAACAAUGAUGAUGUUGAUGACGAAUACGAUAGUGAACAUGACUCUGAGACCGAGAACAGGCUGCGUGCUUAUGAGCUAAACAGACUGAGGUACUACUAUGCAGUUGUUGUGUGUGAUUCCAGUGCAACUGCGAAUCACCUAUACACAACUCUUGAUGGUACUGAGUUCUUGAAAACGGCAAAUGUGUACGAUUUGCAGUUUAUUCCUGACUCUAUGGAGUUCAAGCAUGCUGCUUGUGGUGUAGCUACAGAGGCACCUCCUACUUACAAGGAGCCUGAUUUUGAAACUCCUGCUUUGCAACCAAGCAAAGUUGAGCUCACCUGGGAUGACGAUGAACCAGAUCAUAAGAUCAUCUUGAGGUGGAAGUUCAAAGAGGAUCAGUUAGAUGGCCCUGGUAUAUACUCGUAUUUAGCAAGUGAUGACAGUGCAUCAGAUGAUGAUCUAGACGACUCUGGUGAUGAGUCUCUGCCAAAUGGUGUAGCGAAAAGAAAGUUAAUAAACAAGGAAAGGUUGGCUCUUUUACUACAAGGAGAUAAAUCUGACGAGGAACAAAGUGAUGACCAGGGCAUGGAGAUAACAUUCAACAUGGAACCCGAGGACCUCAGCAAGCGUAUCCUUGAGAGAAAGAGCACCGAGACGAAGACUGUCUGGGAGACGCACCAAGAAAAAACGAAGGAGAAGCGGAAAGCUAGGAAGAGGUCGUCAAAGGAUGAUGAUGACUACAGUGACGAAGAUAGCGCUGAUGAAAAUGAUGAUUUCUUUGAGGAUGAAAAGGCUGAUGAAGAAGUUAGGCCAAUCAAGAAACAGAAGGUGAAGACCAAAGGGAAAGCAAAGGACAAGCUUCCAGAGGAACAUUUUGAGCCAGAAGCAACUAAAGAAGAGUUGGAGCUCUUGGUUGCUGCUGACCAGGAUGCAGCCAAUGGUGCAAAGGGUUGUAACAUAGAACGCAGGAGUAAGAAGGGCAAGGAUUGUGUCGAGGACAAACUUCCUGAAAUCGAUAUUAGCACAGAUGACUCGAGGUUCUCAGCCACGUUGACGAAUCAUCUGUAUGCAUUGGAUCCUACUGAUCCCAAGUACAAGAGGAGUGCCACCUUCAUGAGAAAACAAGCUAGGAAGAAGGGUGCGCAUGCAGAUGCAGGAACAUUGGACAGUGAACCACCUGUGGAGGAAUCACCUCUGGGGAAUCUAGAUGAUGCAUCUUGUAAGAAGACACGGAAACACGAUGGGGCGCGCUCCACGGAGAAACUGCAGAUGCUGUCUACUGUCAAUUCUCUCAAAAGGAACCUUACCGGGUUCAAGAAAGCAAGCUAG